UCUCUGCUCAUAAAAAUUACUUAUGAAAAUUGGAAACUUGAUGAAGAAGUAACAAAAUCAGUAAACAAACUACAAGCAGGCUACAAGUUUAUUCGAUAAGGAAAAUCCAUUAUUAUAAAUCAAACUUUGAUUACCAACAUUAGACUCUGCUAAAUAUAAAUUUCGUAGCUCUUUCGAGAUGUACGACUUUCUAGAGUUCUAUCCAAACGAAUGCACCGUUUGUCACAAAACUCAAGACUUGAAAAGAUGCGGUCGUUGCCAAAUGAUUUCAUAUUGUGGAUCCCCGCAUCAGAAACUACACUGGCAACACCACAAAGAUCUCUGUCGAGUAAUAUCGGACAUGACGAAGGAAAGAAAAGUCUCCCACCUGUACGAAAAAUUUCGUGGUGCUGACCUAACAACUUGGAAGGCAGAGAGAAAUCUCGCGCGCUACGAAGCGGAACUAAGGACGCAGCGACCACUCACAACAAAUGAAAACUUCAUGUUCAAAUUUCCAAGAGCUUGUUUCGUCUGCUACGAAUCCAGGCAGGAUUUAUUAACCAAUUGUCCAGGUUGUCCUUCAGCGAGCUUCUGCAGGGAACAUCCCAGCAGUCCCGUCCACGACAAAGACUGUGCGAUAAUCAGAGGAUGCCACCAACAUUCACUGAAUCCUAACAAAACAGCCAUCACUUCCAUGCUAGCUAUCAGUUCGAUCGUAAAGGGCACAAGAGUUACCGAUUCUUCAAAGCUACCGACUUCCUUGCGAGAAUAUUUUUGCGAAUUUGCCAGAUCUCAGGUGAAAAUUACGGAAGACGCCUUGCUCUUUUUAUCCGACAUGUUUACCACGCCAUUAACGAUCUUCAGCGCUUUGAAGAAAGUGAACCAUCCACAAGUUCCCGUACUAAACCUCCAUGUUGGAAAUAUCGAAAUGCCAACACAACUGGCGGAACCUUGGGAGGCGCUUCUACACCUGCUUCCAAAUGUUAAAGUUCUGAAUAUUUUAAUUGUAGAAUAUCAUUAUGACGUUGAGAAAAAUUGCGAAACUCAGAUUAAACUCUGUGCUCGAUGCAAGAAUAGCAGAAGGAAAAUUACGCUCGAUUAUCUGGCUAGGGUCAAUCCGAAUCUGUCUUAUGCAGAAUACAUGAAGAGACCUACUUUCAAGGAACCCGAUUUGUUGAUAUACGCCAAUGAAGAUGCUCCGGAAGAGGAUGAUGAGCGUUUUGAAUAUUGGAAAAGAUUGAUCAGGGGUUGGUCUAAACUGAAUUGUCCCAUUAUCAUGACGAACUUUAGAGAGAGUGAAAACAAAUUUCUGAAGAAGAGUCUAAUCUCUAUUUUGGAAAAAUUUGAAACAGUCUUUGAUGGGUAUAAUCCAUUCACUUCUUUAGCAUACAUCAGAGCUUGGGAAGAUGGCGGUGUUGGAUUGUCUAAUCAGUUUAUGACUAUUUUCAAAACACAGACAGAUAAAUUGCAGGAUCCUUCGACUCUUGAACUAGUUACCAAACAAGUGGAACAGGUUUCUUUAGGGAAAGAGAAAAUAUCGACAAAAAAGGAUUCUCCAAGCUUUUUUUACGCGAGCGUUUGUUCUGUAUGUCAUUCUGCUAAUACUUCAGUUACCUGUAAUCGUUGUAAGAUGAUUUUUUACUGUGGGAAGAAUCAUCAAAGUGAAGAUCAGCUUCAGCACAAGGAUAUAUGUAAGGUUAUUUUGGGAAUGCUGAAUGAAAGUGGAGCGCCGAAUCUUUUUGAUAAAAUGAAGAAGUCUAAUUCGGAUGAAUGGCUGCGGACGAAGAUUGAGUUGAUGUUGAAAGCAAAGUCAAAACUCGGAAGGACGCUCUUUGAUCACGAAGUUCAGAUGUUCCUGUUUCCGAAAACUUGCUUCGUUUGUCAUGAGAGCGAUUUGAGUGUGCUGAGGAAAUGUGGAUGUGGGACACACCUCUGCAAAGCUCAUAAGGAGGACCCGGAACAUAAAAAACUCUGCAGUGAUCUAUUCUUGGCUUUCAAAUUGACGGUGAACAAAGAACGAAUUUCAAAAGUUCUCGUAAAAGCUUUGCCAACCGAAGGAUCUAUCAAUCUUCCAUCCUCGAUGGAAGACUUUAUGGAUUCACAGUUGAAACUCAAGGAACAAGCUUUUGUGUUUUACGGAUGCAAGUCUUGCAAUGUUGCCAAUUCCCAGAGAAUUCUGCUUUCCGACUGUUUAACAAGGCCCCUAACUUUACUCUGGGCUCUGAAAAAACUAGACUACAAAACCGGUUCCUCGAUGAUUGUUCAUGUCGUUGGAGCCACAAACUGGGAAAUUUCGGCUCAAGAAUACUGGAAGAUUAUUUUGCACUGGCUUCAGAAUUUGAAGACUUUGAAGAUUGUAUUUAUCGGGCCAGAAAUUUUUCAUUUGCCUUCGGAUCUGGAGAGUGCACUCGAAUUUCCAAAUUAUUCACUCGCUGGCAAAAGUUUUAAGGUCGAGUCCCACGCUUUGCGAUAUGAGGAAUAUUUUCAAAGUGAAUUUUUCGUUCAACCGAAUAUCGUCGUGGGAUUUAAUCUUGAUAUUCAUGAGAGCGAAUUUGGGAUUUCUGAGAGUACUUGGGAAGAUAUGAUUCGGACCUUGAAGAAAGUGAACACUCCUUUUAUUUUAACGGCAGGAACAAAAGAGGGAGCUAGAAAAGAUCAUAGAAGAUUUUUUCAGCACUUGGGGAAAACUGUUGAUUCUCUUCCUUUGGAGCGAAAUCCUUAUGCAGGAUCAGUUCCUGAGAGGGACUUUGAAACAGAAAGACUUCGUUUUUCGAACCAGUAUACAAUUAUCUUUAAGAACAUGAUUAAAUAAGUAAAACUGCGAAAUUAGGAAUAAAAGUAAUAAAGGUGAUGACGAUGUUCGUAAUAAGUGGAGAAUGGAUUCAAAUUCUGCGAAAAUUCAAAUUUAAUAUAUGAAAAAUAGGUUUUUUUAUAGAAAAAUUAUUAAUAAAAGUUUAUAGUUCAUUCGUAAAAUAGUUCUGAAUUUCACAAAAAUGACGUUAUUGCUUACUGCAUGGACGUUU